GAGACCCAGAACGGAACCACGACAGCCGCGCCUCGCGCCCAGAGCUGCCCCGGCCCCGCCCGGUGCCGCCGAUUGGUGCGCAGCGGCCCGCGGGGCGGUGGCGCUGAUACAAAACGCGCCGCGACCGCCACUGCCCUAACGGAGAGGACCGGGACGCCAUGUCGGACGAGCUCAGCGACCUGCUGCGGGAGUUCGAUGAGGUGGUCGAGGGCUUCGACAGAGGCCCCGCCAGUCAGUAUGAGCGGCACCUGGAGGAACUGAAGAGGAAAGCGGGGCACAGCGUGUACGACAGCGGCAUCGAUGAGCUGGAGAGUACCAGCACGUCCCCAGCAAGCAGCCUGAACUCCAGUGAGGAGGAUCUCAAUACCCACACUGGUCCUAACUCCUCUAAAGCUAAGCUUGGAGACACACAGGAACUGGAGGAGUUCAUUGCGGAUCUGGACAAAGUAUUAGAGGAGAUGUGAGAUGUGGUUCUGGCAGAAAGUUUGGAGGAGGAUCCACAGCAGAUACACCUAGUGCCUCCCUGAUGUACCCAGUGCUUCUGUGUCCCUGCCAUCCUCCAGCUGAGUGGGUAACAGCUCCUCUUUGCCAUGACAUGCUACUUCGUGCCAGGGAAGAAGAAUCCCAGCCACAAACAUGGACUGAUCCUGCCUUGACAGCUGCUUCUUGCUCCAGCAGCAAGAGAACUGGGAUGUGUUUCUGGUGCGGCUGGGUUGGGGUGCUGGGACAGCUGCGCUUGUGCCAGUCUCAUGGCACUGGCAAGCUUAGGCCUGUAUGUUCAGCUCUGCACAUUCAUGGCUUGUAGCCCCCUCAGCCAAGGAGCAGGAGAGGGCUCCCCAGGCCCUGGGAUGUGGGCUGGGCAGGCUGACAGAAGGGCAGUGGGAGCCUAAGGGUGGUCCUCCACAUUGUUCCAUGGCUCUGUCCACAACAGCACUUUCAUUCUUGCCUUGGGCCUGCCACAAGAUCUGCUGAGGUCUGCUGGCUGCUGUGAGCAAUAGCAUGGUCAGCUCUGCUUUAAUUGUUGUUGGGCUUUAAUCUGCUCCCAUGUGCGGGACAGGACUCUGCUGGCACUAAGAUAUGAAACCGUCUUGGUGAGGGCAUCAGGCUGUGACCUGAAAUGGGGGCUGGCGGCUGCUGACCAAGUGGAUUUGGAGAGUUUAUCUGCUGGAUUCAACAGUGGUAUGAUGGUGAUAUGGGUGAAGAUCAACAUGCAGUCCUUCAUUGACACCUUAGUGUCCUCUCCUGGUUCAGGAAGCCUGUUCCUGCAGCAGUAUUUCAGGCAGUGGUAGCCAUUGCUGGCCUGUUGCUUCUCAUGGGCAUCUGCAAUUAAGGCCCCUGCCUGGACCCUGAGUGCCUCUGCCCUGACUUCUGCUGUCAAUACUGUAACGAUGUUGUACACUGUACAGUUAAUGUAUUUUUAUGAAUGGGAUUUUAA